AUGUUCAAAGUCAAGAUUCUCCAAUUAUUUGAUUCCUUUGUAUUAAAUACAGUCGGGCCAUACUAUAGGAGAAUUGGAAAAAGCCUCCUCUCACAAGGAAAUGAUAUCCUUGGAAGCGAAGCCAGCGAUGAUCGUUUAGUGUAGUGUUUGAGAAAAGUGCAAGCUAAUGGUUAAACUCCAUAAAUCAGUGAAGCAUUAUUUACUGCCCCUAAUUCAGUUUUAGUUGGAAAUGUUAUUUUAAAGCAGAACUCCUCUGUCUGGUAUGGUGCCACUUUGCGUGCUGAUUAAAAUGCUAUAACAGUGGGCAAAAAUGCCUUAAUACAAGAUAAUGUCUAUGUCAGGGCAACAUAACCAGUGACUUUAGGAAAUAACUCUUACGUAGGACCAAAUUCAAAUUUAUAAGGUUGUUUAAUUGGUGAUGAUGCAUUUAUUGGAAUGGGAUCAACAAUUAAAUAAGGUGCUUCUGUCUAAGGAAUUGUCGCAGCAGGAUCUCUUGUACCAGAAGGCACUCAAAUUAAAUAAGGAGAGGUUUGGGCUGGGUCUCCUGCCAAAUAUUUAAGAGAUAUCACACCUCAAGAAUUGCAAAUCCUUAGAGAAUAUAAAUAGGAAUUAUUGGAAUUAGCAUAAGUUCAUGGUGAAGAAACUUCAAAGAGUUUCAGACAAGUUGUCAUUGACACAGAUGAGAGACUAAUAAAAUAAUAAAGAGGAACUGAAGAGGAGGCUCUUUAAAAAGUAGCUGAGUUGAAUUUCCCUCUGGAAUAUGAGGAUGAAGAAUUCAUCGAAUAGAGAGUGUUUAUGAAAUAAUAACCACCAAUGUUUAUGGACUCUGAAAAUCUUUUUAGUCAACAAGAGCAAUAUGAAUAAGAUCUAAGUUAAUUUUCUGAAAAUAUGUAAAAAUAUGGCGAAGAUUACUAAAUUUAUGAAGAGGCUAAGAAGUACUUUGAGUAAAACCCAUAAGCUAAAGCCAAUCAAUUCCAACCAAAAUCUGAAAUCCCUGAUGACAAACCUUGGAGCAGGAAAUAUUGAUUUAUUAAACAUCAAAUAAAAUUACAUCAAAACUCUUUAUA